AGGCGAGCUCGGUGCGGCGUCGCUGCUGCACGCCUGCACCGCGGGUUGCAACACCCUCCCCCCUUCACUCGCGGCUUCUCGCUCGCCGCCGUCUUGCCGUUGCCUGUCUCACCUCGCGGCCGGCAGCCUUGCGCGACGCGCCGCGCUCUUUCACAUUCAAAAUUAUUCGCAACCAUUGCAAAAACUCUCUGUGCAAUAAAAAAUAUCUUACUCUUGCUGCGGUCGCAAAUUAGGCUUAAAACAGAGAGAUUCUUUAAAACUUUAUAAACAAAUUAAGUGCCUUUGAAACUUUGAAUGCACUCCUCGUUGCAUAUCCCGCUCGCGUCGUUAUGAGAACCCCGUAUUGGCGGUCACGUUGACGUCGCGCGGUGCCGCCAUAUCUGUCUCGGCCACCAACUAGCAAAAUUAAUAGGCAAAUAAAAACGUGUCACUUCACUAUAAGAAUGCAUUGACCCGCGCAUUCGCUAUUUGAAAUUUACCUUCACCCGGAUGGAAUGAGGAGUGCACAAUCCCAUUGUUUCACAGUUUCAUAUGUUUGAACAGCAUUUGUUUUUUUGUUUUUCGGACGAUUAGAGAAUUGUCAAUUUCUUCCAAAAUUACAAAAAUUACAAAAUAAGAAUGGCGGAGGGUAAUGGAGAAAUUUCCAUUGAAGAGGUGCCCGGAAAGGACUCCGACAUUGGCCGAACACCAGAUUACCGCAAACUAAUUGACUAUGGCUUAGACCCCAAGGUAGCUGCUAAGCUGGACGACAUUUAUAAGACUGGAAAGCUAGCGCACGCCGAACUGGACGAACGUGCGUUAGACGCCUUAAAAGAAUUUCCAUCCGACGGUGCUUUAAGUGUUCUUGGACAAUUUUUAGAUUCAAAUCUCGAGCAUGUAUCUAAUAAAAGUGCUUAUUUAUGUGGAGUCAUGAAGACAUAUAGACAGAAAAGCCGAGCCGGCGUGCAGGGCGCGCCCGCGUUGGCGCCGGCCGUCCCGGUCAAGGGGCCCGACGAAGAUAAGAUCAAACACAUCCUGGCCAGGACUGGGUACACUUUAGACGUCACCACAGGUCAGCGCAAGUAUGGCGGGCCGCCGCCCGGCUGGGAGGGCGGCACGCCGGGCUCGGGCUGCGAGGUGUUCUGCGGCAAGAUCCCCAAGGACAUGUACGAGGACGAGCUCAUCCCGCUGUUCGAGCGCUGCGGACCCAUCUGGGACCUGCGCCUCAUGAUGGACCCCAUGACCGGCACCAACCGCGGCUACGCCUUCGUCACCUUCACCUCCCGAGAGGCCACGCAGCGCGCCGUGCAGGAGCUGAAUGAUUAUGAAAUUCGAAAGGGGAAAAAGAUUGGCGUUACGGUUUCCUUUAACAAUCACCGUUUAUUCGUGGGGAAUAUCCCUAAGAAUCGAGAUCGGGACGAUUUGUUUGAGGAGUUUACUAGGCACGCACCGGGACUCGUGGAAGUUAUUAUAUAUAGUUCGCCGGAUGAUAAGAAGAAAAAUAGAGGAUUUUGUUUUUUGGAAUACGAGUCUCACAAAGCGGCGUCCCUGGCUAAACGCAGACUAGGCACUGGUAGAAUAAAGGUAUGGGGCUGUGAUAUUAUAGUGGAUUGGGCUGACCCACAAGAGGAGCCCGAUGAGCACACUAUGAGUAAAGUGAAAGUGUUGUACGUUCGGAACCUGACGCAAGAGAUAACGGAAGAGGCGCUAAAGGAACAGUUCGAGAGGUUCGGAGCCGUGGAGCGUGUUAAGAAGAUCAAGGAUUAUGCGUUCGUGCACUUCGAGGAACGUGACUGCGCGGUUAAGGCGAUGCAAGACCUGGACGGCAAGGAAUUCGGCGGCGCGCGGCUCGAGGUGUCGCUGGCAAAGCCGCCCUCUGACAAGAAGAAGAAAGAAGAAAUAUUGCGCGCGCGCGAGCGUCGCAUGAUGCAGAUGAUUCACGGCCGCGGCGGAUUUGAUUGGUGCAGCUGCUCCCCGGUGCACGGUGCGCUGCGCGGCCGCACGCCGCAGCCGCAGCCUCGCCCGCCCUGCUCCCGCGGCGACUACGAUUAUGAUUACGACUAUUACGGGUACGGUGAUUACCGAGGUGGCUACAAUGAGCCAUUUUACCGGUACGAUGAGUUCUAUUUUGAUUACGCGGGGCCACCGCAACCGUCCGCCCUACGCCAGCCUCCCAACAGAGCGCAACCGGACGACGAGCUCGGGCUCGGGCCCAACUCGCUUUACUACGAUCUGACCGGAGGCAUUCAGGGGGCUGGGUCAUGUGGGACGGGCGGGCGAUGGGCGCGGCGCGGGCCGGCGGGCGCGGCUGGGCCCCGUGGUGGUGCCCGACGCGGCGCGCGUGGCCGGCACACGCCCAGCGCCACCCGUGGCAACCCGCGCGCCAAGCCAAGUUUACCAGGUAAACGUAAAUUGGACGGGGGUCACCAGAACCAAGGGGGGGAGACGAAACGCCGGCUGGGCGCAGCGGCGGCGGCGGCCUGCGGCUGGGGCGCGCCGCUGGCGCAGCAGCCGCUGCCGCCCGCCGAGCUGAGCUAGACGACCCACCGUCGCCGCCGCGUCACGUCGCCUCCCGCCGCCGCACGGCGCGCGAGCCCCUGUCCUGGAGACACUACAAGCUGCGCAGGGGAGCCCUCGUUCGCCACCGCUAGCACGGUUCAUGGUUACGUUUACGCCGAUCCUACCCCUCCGUGACGGCGGGAUCGAUCUACUUUUUUCUUUAUAUAUGUGUUUUUUUUAUUUGAUUUCACGUUUUCAAUUUUGUAUCGCGACGAUUCCGUAAAAAAUCUUAAAGUAGGACGUUAUGAAAUGUUUCGAAUAUAAGUUUCCCGUUAUGCUUACGUUUUCAAGUAUCGUAUUAGCCGUAUAUGUUUAAUAUAUACUAUAUUGUAAGCGGUGCGGCCGCGGUUGCCUGUUUGCGGCCGCGCCUGGGUCUCGACCCGACGACUGUCUGUUUUUUUUAAUACAUGUUAUUCAAUAUAUUUUAUUUCUGCGAACGCAUUUUGCGAUGUGAUGUGUAUUUUAGCAGUAAUUAUUAUAUUAUAAGGAGUUUGACUGUUGUUUUUUGACAUACUUACAACUUAGGAUACUUGCGAAUGAACUAUUGGAAUGAACUGGAAAGAUACUACACGACGACACUAGCAACUACGGCUAAAAUAGUAAAACCCUUCAAUCGAUAACAUUUCCCAACUGUGUUCCUGCUUUAGUUUUUUGCUUUAUUUUACAUGUCCCUUAAAUAUAUUAGUGUGAGGAAGUAGUAUUGUAAAAGUUCAGGAUUCUGUAAUCUUUAUUGCUGUACUAAUUUAUAUUUCUACCACAUAGCAUAUCCGUACUGUUAGAACUCUGACUUAAUCAAUCUUGUAUCAGUUUAAUAUGUGGAAUAAAUUUGCAAAACUG